AUGCCGCCGAAAUUGGACCCAUCUCAAAUCGUCGACGUCUACGUCCGCGUGACCGGAGGUGAGGUCGGAGCAGCGAGUUCGCUCGCCCCCAAAAUCGGUCCACUUGGUCUCGCGCCGAAGAAGAUCGGAGAAGACAUCGCCAAAGAGACGGCCAAGGAAUGGAAAGGCCUCCGAGUCACCGUGAAGCUGACCGUCCAAAAUCGUCAGGCUAAGGUCACCGUCGUCCCUUCCGCAGCUGCUCUGGUCAUCAAGGCGCUCAAGGAGCCGGAGCGUGAUCGGAAGAAGGUGAAGAACAUCAAGCACAACGGGAACAUUUCGUUUGACGACGUGAUCGAGAUCUCCAAAAUCAUGCGUCCCAGAUCGAUUGCCAAGGAAUUGAGCGGAACAGUGAGGGAGAUUUUGGGCACUUGCGUCUCCGUUGGUUGCACGGUCGACGGAAGAGACCCGAAGGAUCUUCAGGAGGAAAUCGUUAAUGGAGACAUUGAGGUUUCUAACGAGUGA